AUGGAAAAACGGGGAGAAAGGGAAAGUGACACUGAGAGAGAUUUACGGAAGCCAGUGAAGCGCGUGAGAGAAGGGGAGCCGAUUUUUGUCACCGCCACCGCACCCAAUCGCCACCGGUGGAGCUCGCCGUCCCUGGAGGUGAAUCGGUGUCGCGUCCUUGCUGCCAGGGCCACCAGCGCUACUGCUACUCCUCAAAUUCCGCCUCUUUUCCUUUGGGGGUUUCUGCUGCAAAUUCCACCCCCAACAUCACCAUCCUUCUUGUAUUCGUUGGGGAACUUCUUACUUCUUAGUUUCUUGAUUUUUCAGAUUAAAAACAUUUUGAUACUGGGCAUAGCGGAGCCACACGGCAGCUGGCAAAACUGCAGGGAUGACAUAAGCAAUUGCACACCUGAUCAACCAAAUGCUGUGCAAGGUUUAGAGAGGAUUUCAUAAAGGCAUUGGGUGGG